AUGUUAGACUUGGGACCAGUCGAAAAUGUGCUUUCACUUGCGGAUUCCUACAAGAUCACUCAUCACAGUCAAUACCCGGAAGGAACCUCUUAUGUGUACAGCUACUUUGAAUGCAGAGGUGGCAAAUUUCCGGAGGUUUGCUUCUUUGGCCUCCAGUACAUAAUCAAAAGAUGGCUCGAUGGAGAAGUUGUCACGAGGAAGAUGGUUCUCGAAGCAAAAGACUUCUACAAAGACCACUUUGGCAGCGACUACUUCAAUGAAGAGGGGUGGUUGUAUAUCGUUGAAAAACACGAUGGACGCCUUCCAUUGAGAAUUCGAGCUGUUCCGGAGGGCUCUGUUGUACCUGUCAAAAAUGUGUUAUUCACCGUUGAAAACACAGAUCCGAAAGUCCCAUGGCUAACAAAUUGGUUUGAGACACUAUUGGUCCAAGCAUGGUAUCCAAUCACGGUCUGCACCAAUUCAAGAGCUCAAAAAGAGUUGAUAGCCAAAUAUUUAAUCGAAACGGCAAAUGACAUCUCAGGAUUACCUUUUAAACUACACGAUUUUGGUUACCGAGGAUCCACAAGUGUUGAGAGUGCUGGAAUUGGAGGCGCAGCUCAUUUGGUGAAUUUUCAAGGCACGGACACAAUUUCUGGAUUAAGAAUGCUAAAAAAGUAUUACUCAUGUCCAAUGGCUGGUUUUUCUGUGCCGGCAGCUGAACAUAGCACAAUUACUACCUGGCAGAAAAGUGGUGAAGCCGAAGCCUACCGACAUAUGCUGGAGCAAUUCCCUACUGGACUCGUUUCAGUUGUUUCGGAUAGCUACGACAUUUAUCAUGCGGUAUCGCACAUUUGGGGUGAAGAAUUAAAGGAUAUUGUCGUCACAAGAGGUAACAACGGAUGUUUAGUGAUUCGUCCAGACUCUGGUGAACCGGUCAAAGUUGUUCUUGAGGUUCUCAACCUGCUUUCCGAGAAGUUCCCUAUAACAGUGAAUAAGAAAGGCUUCAAGAUGCUACCUCCGUAUCUUCGGAUUAUUCAAGGGGACGAUGGUGGAUGGGCUACUAUGCAAGAAGGGACAGGCGAUUUGAAAAAGGAUCAACUCCUUACCGUCUUUGAAAACGGCAAACUUCUGGUUGAUUGGACGUUAGAUGAAAUUCGAGAGCGUGCCGAGUUCGAUUUUGUUAAAAAGGCACUCGCCACUGAGACGGUGACUCACACAAAUGGACAUGGGCACUGUAACGGCAACUCAAUUGGCGAUCAUUCUGAU